AUGGAGAUAGAAAUGGACAGUGAGUUUGGAGCAAUGGGAUUGGAUUGGUCUAAGUCUGCCCCUGCUUUCUCAUGAUAAGGAAGGCAGGGCAGUGCGGCUGCUCUACAAACAGCUGAACACUUUGCAGGAAAGAGGGGACUGAUUGAACACAAUACAACACGGAGGCACUGUGGGAGAGAAACUGGGGAACAACGGUGCAGCCAAGGAGACCACAGAAACACUCUUCACCCAAAUCCUCAACUCUACACAGACAGAAAGAGAGAGAAAGAACGCACUGAGACCAACAAAAGCAUUCUUUGCUUUCAUUCUAAAGAAAAGGGAAAAAAUACAAUACAUUGGUGGAAUCCUCUACUAUUAGAUAGAAACUCAAGGAGAAAGUGUGAAAUUAGUAAAACACCACCAUAUACAAAGUAAGGGAGCGUAAAGCUACACUGCAUGAAGGAUAAAUCCAUAUUAAAGAAGAAACAAGCAGAGACAGGAUGAGAGCAACUCAGAGGAUCACAGGGCUGCUGUUUUCACUAAGCUUCUUGCUUGACGGCAUCCAUUCAUUCAACACUGACAAGGGAACAACGACGGAUUAUGCUUCCUCCAGGUCAAUGACAAGCCAGCGGGAUGAAAAAACAGUUCCAACAACAACACAAACGAGGAGUCCAUCUCUAACUUCAACUCCAUCUGUGCAACCAGAAACCAUAACCUCCAUCCAAUCCAAAGCAGGACCAACAACUGCAGAGCCUGCAGAUUCCAAAGGCGGAACUACUUCUUUGUCAAACAUCAACACCUCUAUCACCACACUUCCCACGGAGGCGCAGCUGAAUAUAUUUUCAUAUUCUUUACAAUCUGGGCAAGAGAAUCAGAGUGAGGACAAAGUCACCUUGUGCAAGCAACUAAUGCAAAACUGGACAAAUGGAACUUGCCUCCUGACAUGGACACUGCACAAUGGAAAAGUCAAAUUUAUCCAUGUGGAAAUAAAAGGCACAGUGGAUCCCAGUCACGCUAACAAGUACUAUCAAGAUAUCACCAAGAAGACAACAACAGACAACAAAACCUUGAUAGCCAUCCUGGCCUCCUGUGGAGCCCUGUUAAUCAUGAUUGUCAUUCUUGCUGUUUGUGCCUCGCAUCACCGCAAGCCAUAUAAUGAGAACCAGCAGCACUUGACAGAGGAACUGCACACGGUGGAGAAUGGUUACCAUGACAAUCCAACCUUGGAGGUGAUGGAAGUGCAGCCAGAGAUGCAAGAAAAGAAAAUGGUACUGAACGGUGAGUUCAACGACAGCUGGAUUGUUCCCAUUGACAACCUGAUGAAGGAGGACAUCCCUGAUGAAGAGGACACCCACCUGUAAGAACGAUACAGGAGAGGGAAAUAUCUGCACCAAAAACCUAAACACAAUCCCCAUACCAUACUUUGCUUUUCAUACUAAGGCCACUUCAGCCUCAUUAGACUCAUACACAAUGAAAUAAAGUAUACAGAACAGCCUAGAUGCCAAAUUAAUUAUCACCUUGUUUUCUGUAUUUCUGCUUUUGUUUGAGACAACAGUGCAGUCAAAUAUAGUGACCUCUUUGGUGAUACACUACUAAAUCAAUCACUGGUCUGCUUAUGCCAUAGUUGCAUUCAAAUAUUUGAUAUGUAUGUCUGUCUUAAAAUUUAAGGUAAUUUGUAAGUCCUGUACCUCUACGAACUCAAAAAGGUCCAGAAAAGGACUGUUGUUUUAAGGUCUUGGAUAGAGGCACUUGUAAAUCAUAGUAGCAGUGCUUAAUUCCAAAUGCAAGAGAAGAAGUAGCUGGGUAAUCUUGCACAGUGAUGAUUUUUCAGAAUCAUUUAAUCUAGAGGAAAAGGGCAAUAUCAAUUGCCUCAGAAGUCAUAGAAAUCCUAACUUAGACAAAAGACAUCAGGAUGUUUGAAACGUCCUGGAAAUUUGAAUUGUCUGCCCCAGGGCAACAACCUUCUAACCCUGUUCAGUAGAGUAAUAAUGCUUCCUUUGACCAAUGGGUUAAGGAAGUCAGGAAAUUAAUUAUUAUUGAAAAUACCCAAUAUUCGGAUAUGUAAAGCAAACAGGUAUAUAUUUUCUCUAGUUUUAUUUGGAUAAAGGUAAUAAAGUUCAGAUACUUAAUCUUUUAUCUUUCUAUUGAAAAAAAAAAAGAUUCACUGCUCUAUUUGGCUGGAAAUACUAUGGCUAGUAAGGAGGCAUACACACUAAUUAGAUUGUACUGGAUUGAAAUCAACCAUAUGCAUGUUAUGUAUGCUUUUAAAAAAACGAUCAUUUUGGCACAAGCCAAUUUUAAAUAUUUGUAAUUUAAUAACAAAUUCAAAUGAAUUAUUAUUAUUACAAUUAAUUAUUUCAUACUUACCUUACUGUUCAUUGAGUUUGAGCAUUUAUGGUUAAUCAUCACAACCUGUUCCUGAAGUAAAGUUUAUAUUGUUUUCCCCACAGUCAGACUGCCCAGUAUUUAUGUCCUUUAUAAGUCAUUAUUGUUAAUCACAUUUGUGACUUUUGGUCAUUAACUUUUUAUUUCUAUUCUAGAAAAAAUAGACCAGUUUAGGAGUCAGGGAAAUUAUGUUUCAAAGCUACUAUGAAUUUAAUGAGAGUAAAUUUAAUAGUUAGUAUAUUCAGAUUUUUUCUACUAAUAGUGUAUAGAUGGUAAUUUUCAGUGUAAGUACUAUCGCAAAUGAAAAAAUUGCAAUGCCAUACCAGUAUAAUGAAUAUGUUGAAAGACUAUAAAAAUCAUGACGUUAUAUACACCUUCUCUAAAAUAUACUUACCAACUAAUUGUAUCAGUCAGCUGGGUUAGCAUGUUACAUGUAGUUGGAAAGAGGGUAUAAAAAGUUUUGUUUUUAUCAACAUGCUUUUUUUCCAUCCACAACAAAAUAUAUAGACAGUCAUUCAAAGGAUGACUACAAAAUGAAAAACAUUUUAGACAAAGCUUUUACUUUCUGUCUUCUUAAUAGCUAAAUAAGUAAAUGUAUGUUUGACAGCUUUCAUAUGUCCAUGCUUCAUUCAACAAACUGGGCACAAAGGGAAACGUAAUGGUUCAUAGUGUAAUUGUCACCUCUGGAAAUAGAUGCUGCUGGAGUCGUGUAGUUUAAAAAUGGCUGUAUAAGAGUUACGAAAAACUUUUCAGUUUCAAAUUUACAAAAGUACCCCGUCACCCACAAACUGUGAUGGAUGAUUCCAACUGACUCUUUAUCCAGACUGGCUGUGACUAAAUCAAAUAGUCAACCCAUAUUUUAGUCUCCUUUUCAUUGUCUGUCAAAUGUCAGUAUCAUUGAUGGAAAUACUAUUAAAACAACCACCAAGUUGUUGGGAAUAUGAACUACACUUUUUUUUAAUGAAUCCAGUGACAGCAUAAAUGUAAUGCGAUCUAUUCAAAACGUAAAGAUAUGCGCACUUAUAUAUAAAAAAAUAAAUAAAUAAAAAACAUGCCUGCUCCAGUUACUUUACUAUGAAAAGAAAAAAAAAAGAAAAAAACUCAUGCUACAUUUAACAAAAAAAGAUAUAUACCAACCUGAUACAAAAAAGAAAGGUGCCUGAAUAAAGAAAUCGGUUUAGUUUCAGCCACUUGUCAAAGUCAUAAAAUAAAUAACCUCCCAGAAUCAGCAAUAAUAUAUAUACAUAUCCAUGCAAUAGUCAAUUAUUAAAAACAUUUAUCUUUGUUCAGUUAACCUUCUUCUAUAAAAACAAGUAAAGAACUUAAUAUAUAUUUUUUCCUUACAAUAUAAAAGGGGAUUCACUAUGUUAGGCACUCUUAUCCAACCUAUGGUUGACUUUUUACUUUAUUAAUUAUGUGUGUUUUUUAAAGCCUCACAGUUGAGCCAUUUUCACCAAAGUAUGUAAUCAGUAUUACAUGUAUUUACGGUUUGCUUGCUGCUGAAAGCAAGCAGCAGGGGUCUGACACACUGGAAAGCUGUAAAUUGUUGGCAGCUAUGGGUGUUAUGUUCUUCUAUGUGUUGAUGUUUGCAAAUAAAGUAAGCAUUUUUCC